GCGGCGCUCGUAACGAACCGGGAUGGAGCGACCCGACCUGCGGAGGCUCUUCUCGGCGUGCGACAUGAACAAGUCCGGCAUGAUCGAGUACGACGACUUCUCGGUGAUCUGCCGCGAGCUGAACGUGCCCGAGGACGAGAUCCGAACCCUGUUCGACAAGUUCGACUCGGACCGAGACGGGCGCAUCGACUACGGCGACUUCUCGUCCAAGUUCCGGGAGGUGUGCGGGAGCGCGGGUCCGGCGGCGUCGUGCUCCGGCGGCUCGCCGCAGAACCGGGUCUGCCCGUGGGACGAGUUCCUGGGCACGGUGGACGGCGCCGACGCGCUGCUGUCCGACAGUCUGAGGGAGCAUCUGGCCAACAUGUACCGGGCCAUCCACUCCCACGCCAGCGGCGGUCUGCUGCAGCAGUACGAGGACGUCGUCCGCUCCCUGAUCAACGAGAGCCUGGACCACCGGAUGGAGAGCGUGCAGCUGGAGAACAACCUGAAGCGGACCGAGGAGAUGAACAGCAGUCAGCUGGCAGAACUGGAGGACGACAUCGAGCAGCAGCUUGCCAAAGUUGAGGAGAGGGUGAGAGAAGAGGAGCGUGAAAGAAUGGAGGGGAACAUGGCAUCCAUGCAGAGGAGGCACGAAAACGAGGUGGCGGACCUGCAUGCAACCGUGGACAGUCUGUUAAAGAUUCAAGAGGAAUAUAAAGCCAACCGCUCAAAGGAGGAGAUUGUCAGGCUGAACCGGCAGAUCUCGGAGCUCACGCAGGACAACGAGCAGCUGAGGAGCUCGCUUGUGAAAGCACAGACGAACAUCUCCGUCCUGCACUCGGAGCUGGACAAGCUGAAGAACAUGUACGCCGACCAGAAAGCACAACACGAAAGGGACAGCGAGGAUUUGAGGAAGAUGGUUUUAGAGUACCAGUCUUACUCCAGUCAGAUUCAAGUUCUUCAGGAAACGAACAAAAAGCUGUACGACAGCAAUGACGGGCUGCGUUCUGUCUUAGCCAGCGAAACGGUGGCAACUAAAAGGAGACUCUCUCCUCAAAAUGUAAUCCCAGCCAGAAGGAUGAAGCCCCUCCGGCAAAGCACACUAAACCAUGGCAGUUCAGGGCAGGAUCCCAGUAAAACGACCUACUCCCAUGUGUCCAGCUGGGCGGAUAAGUACCUGGACAGUGGUGUCGCCCUGCCGAUGGACACGGUCGAGGUCCCCGACAGCGAUAUUGACAGCGACGACAGCGGAGACUCCGUAGAAACUGUGCACCACAGUUACUCGUGUGUUCCAUCCGAUAUCGAGAUAUCGGAUAUCAAAUCUGAAGCGACGUCGGUGGCUGCGAGCAGGACCGGCUCCCUGGCAUCAUCGAUACGAAGACGCUUGUCUGCCUUCUCGAUGAGGCCCUCCCAAACGGACAUAGAAGAAAACGAGGGACCCGCUCCGAUGUACAGACUGGUUUUGGCGGGCGACGCAGGGGCCGGGAAGUCCAGCUUCCUGCUGAGGUUGACCCUAAAUGAAUUCAGAGGGGAUAUUCAAACCACGCUAGGGGUGGAUUUCCAAAUCAAGAAGAUGCUUGUGGAUGGAGAAAGGACCAGUCUCCAAAUAUGGGAUACAGCCGGCCAAGAAAGGUUCCGCAGCAUAGCCAGGUCCUAUUUCCGUAAAGCCCACGGGGUCCUGCUGCUCUACGACGUCACUUCAGAAAGCAGCUUCCUUAACGUCCGAGCCUGGGUGGAUCAGAUCCAGGACUCCACGGACGAGCACAUCCCGAUGUGCGUCAUCGGAAACAAGGUGGACCUUCGCGAGGAGCUUCCGGAAGGGAGCUGUGUGAGCGUCUCUCAUGGGGAGAAGUUGGCCAAGGCAUACGGUGCUUUAUUCUGUGAGACCAGUGCUAAGGAGGGGACGAACGUAGUCGAGGCUGUGCUUCACCUUGCAAGAGAAGUAAAGAAAAAUGUAAAGCUGAGACGCGAGUCUGAUACUCGGGUCAAACUGAGUUCAGCCAACCCGAAGAAGACUCUAGACAGCUGCUGUGGACUGUAGGCCCAGUAGCCAACAGACGUUACGGUGCGG